AUGAAUAUUUUUUACAAAUUAAUUGAAUUAUUCACUAAAGAUAAUAAAUCUUUAUAUUAUUUAAAGGAUUUAGAAAAUUUAUUUGAAAUAAAUCAUAUCAAGCAAUUAGCUAUGAAUUUUUUAAUAUCUAUUGAACAAUUGAAAGUUUGUUUUAUUCAUUCAAUGUUCAAUUAUAUAAAAGACAACCAUAAUACUGAAUUAUAUCCUAUUGAAUAUUUAAUGAAUAUAACAUUGAAUUAUAUGAAUGAUUUAAUGAGUAUUUCAUCUAAUUUAUGUUGGCUUCAAUGUGCUUAUUGGGCUGGUUAUCAUCAGGAUCAAUUAUAUACAUGGACAUAUUUACAUUGUUUAUAUCAUAUAAAGUAUAAUACAAAUAUGAAUAUGGAUCCAAUGAAAUUAUUGAAUAUUGAAUAUUAUCGUCUACGUUUAGCUAGAUAUGCUUUAGCUUAUUGUUCUAAUCAUGAAUAUCUAUAUGAUUUAAAUGAAUUAUUAGGUGUGUGCAUGCUACGUGUUGAAUGGAUUACAUUGUCAAUUAAAUUAUCGAAUAACAAUGAUACUACUGAUAAAGGAGAUUUCAAUAUAAGUAGUAUAUUGAAACAAGUUGAAAAAUUAUUAUUUUCUAAUAAAGAUAAAGAGAUAAAAGAGAAGAAAAUGAAGAAGUUUCAAUUACUUCAACCUCCAUUUUAUUCAAUAUUCAAUGAUAAUUUAUUUACUGAAUUUGAGUUGAAUAAAUCGGAUUCUUUUGGAUUAAUUCACCAUCCAGGCUAUAAUAAUGAAGAAUAUUAUCUAUGGUUUAUAUUCUUAUCAAAUUGGUCUAAAUCAUCUAAUUAUAACAAUAAUAAUAAUAAUAAUACUGAUAUAUUAUGUAAUAGUAAUGAUUUAUGCAGUAAUCUAUGGUCUAACAUGGUUAUGGAGACACUUUGCAGAGAUACACGUUUAUCAAUUAGCUAUGCAGUGAUUGGUUCAAAAUUUUGUCAAUUAUUAUCUUUCAACCAAUCAAAUUACAUUCAUCAAAUAAGUAGUAUGUUAAUACCAUAUAUAGAAAUAUUGAAUAAUUAUGAAGAAUUUGAUAUAAUUACAUAUCGUAUUAUAUUAUUAAUUAUAUACUAUUAUAUUAUAUCAAUAUAUAAGACAAACUUGAAUGAAUCAACUUAUUCAUGUGGUUGUUAUCCUUUAGGGAAAGUAAUCUGUUUAAAAUUAUAUUCAUUUAUUAUUUCUAAGGAAUAUGAUGGAAAAUUUAAUCAAUUAAAACAACAAUUAACACAUCUACUUAUAAUUGGAUUAAAAAAUAGUUUAAUUAAAUAUUUAUCAAUAAAAUUUCCAAUGAUAAUUGAUUUAGUAUAUUUUUAUAAUGAUGAUAAAUAUCGUGAAGAUGUUAUUUAUAAAUUAUGUUGUAAUCAUUUAGUAUUUGGUUUACAAUUAUGUUUAUAUUAUAAUAUACCUGAAUUACAUGGUGUAUUCUAUCGACUUAAAUAUUUAUUGGAUAAUGAAGAUUGUAUAAAUGAAAAGAUACAAUUAGAAAUAGAUUAUCUUAUUAAAUGGAUUAAUAAAUCAUUGGAUAGAUUAAAAAAAUUACUUCAAUAUAGUGAAGAAAAUAUUUAUCCAUUUUUAUUGAAAUUAUCAUCUAUCAACUUAUUAUUUAAUAUAUUACCUAAUGAUUGUGAAUUAUAUUUAUUUGAUGGAAUUGAAAUACAAUUACAUAGAAAAAUAUUAAAAAAUUUAUUAAAAAUGAAAAAAAUCGAUAUUUUUUUUAAUCAUAUUAAUUAUUCAGAAUUGCUUAAAUUACUCCAUGAAUCUUUUUAUCAAAUAGAACAAAUACACCUUAACAAUAAUAAUAAUAAUAAUAAUAAUUUUACUCCAUUACAAAUUGGUGAUAUUUAUGCAAUAUAUGGUUUACGAAUAUUUUAUAAUUUAUCAAUUUAUGAAAAUUAUAUAAAUACUACUGAUAUAGAAGAUUUAUUUCAACAGAUUAUUUCAGAAGGUAGUGUCAAUGAUAUUUGUCGAUUUAUGAAUUGGUUAGAUGAAUUAUUAUAUAGUACAUAUUCAAAUCGUUUAUCUAUUAAUCAACGACGUUUUAUAUUGGAAAAAUCUGAGAUAUUUAUUUCAAGAAUGAAGAAAAAUUCUGUUAAUUCAGCAUGGAAUAAUGUUGAAGAAAACCUUAAACUCUAUACAUCAAAUUUUGAACAAGUUUUAUAUUUAAUAAAUAAAAUUUUAUUUCCUCAAGGGAAUGAUAAAACAGAUGAAAAACAUGGUAAUGAAAUACAUUUUGAUAAGAAUAAAUACUCUUUACCUAAAGAGUUUUAUAAUCGAUUAAUCACUAUGAAACCAAAUGAUCAAUCCAGUGCUUGUGAAUUCCUUAAAGAUCUUAUUACUGCUGUAAUUAAUAAUAAUAAUAUGCUUAACAAUAAUGAUACUAUGUCUAUUUGCUCAAUAGUUUCAAAAAAUUUAGAAAUACUCGGUCAUCUGUUACCACCUUGUGUGAAAACAUUAAAAAUUGAAAAAGAGGUAUGGAUUAAUAUUAUAGGAGAUGGUUUAUCAUCCUGUUUCUCAAUACUUUCAUCAGUAUUUCAAGUACACUUUGAAAUGUUUACACAAAAUAUGCUAUUAGAUUAUCAAAGGGAAACAUCAAGUUUUAUCAAUAUACAAACACAAACAAUUUAUCCAUACCUUAAAAAAUUUCUUGAUCUAUUCAUAAAUGAUAAUGAUAAAGAACAAUCAGAGAUGAUGAUGAUGAUGAUAACUAAUAAUCCUUAUUAUUUUAUUGAUUUAGAAGAAUUUUUAGCCUAUUUUCUUAUCAAACCUGAUAUACGUCGAUUAUUCGGUAUUGAUUUAUUGAAAUCAUACAUCAAUACUAUUGAUAAUAAUUGGCAAAUAUUGAAAAUAACAAAUAAACUUUCAAUUUUUUAUAAAAUGAUAAAUUAUUUAAAAAAAUCAUGUAUCUAUUCUAAUAUAUUAUGUAAUUACUUAGACGAAUUUAAUCAAUUUUUAUUCAAUAAUCAUAAUGAUCCUGAUGAUGAUCUUCAUAAAUUUCAAAAAUGUAUCAUAAAAUUCUGUAAUCAAACUUUAACAUUAUCUAAUCAUGAAAAAGAAUUUCAUAUGAUAAAGGAAGAGAUUGAAAUAUUCAGAUCAGUGAUUGAAAUUACCACUUUAAUUGUAAUGGAUGAGAAAAUGUAAUCUGUAUGUAAGUCAAUGAAAUGCUAAGCGGUUUACAUGAUGAAGAAAUCAUAGACUUAUUUUAUCAUUCACUUCAUAUUGACUAAUAGUUUAAACUAUAUCAUCUGAUGUAUUAUUUGAUUGAGUAAUAUAUGAUUGAUGAAGUUUAGUUAACUUCAAUUUACUAUUACCAACUUGUGUAAAAGUUUCACAUGGAUUGAUUACACUUUGAUCAUUCAAUCUACUUGUUG